UAUGGCCUUACCAAGCAUUUCAAUGUAGAUGAUUUUAUUAAUCAGAAGUCUGUUAAUAUUAUUCUUCUCAUUUAUUAAUAACUUUAAACAACCCCUUUAUUUGAACCCAGAUUUGUAUUACAAAGGAACCUGUGUGUGUAUUAGUUUAGCAAGAAUGAAAGACAUAGAGAGUUUUUUUUUUUUGGGCAAGCUCUUUGGAUAAAUGGCUAAAAAUUGAGUGGCUGUCCCUUUGCCGUUCAUACGCUGCCUCUCGAAGAUCUCCAAUUAUUUUACCAAAACACAGGAACGCAAUGUCCCUAAUACCAUCAAUUUUCCUCCCUGUUAUUAGCACAAUCAAUGGCCAGUGUCGCGCUUACUCUCUCUAGCUCGUCUCUCAUCAAACCCACUUCAAAAUUCACUUUCUUUAGCACCGAAAUUAUUAGUGGAGCUCAAAAGCCAUCAACUUUCUCUAUGGCUGCAGCUACUGGUUCUACAGCCACGACUGCCAAGGUCGCCCCAGCCGUGAUCGUUGGCGGUGGACGGGUAGGCAGUGCUCUGCAAGGAAUGGGUAAUGGUCAAGAUUUACUGGUGAAGAGAGGAGAGCCCGUGCCUCUUGAUUUUGAGGGUCCUAUUCUUGUCUGUACAAGAAAUGAUGAUCUUGAGGCAGUUCUUGAAGCUACUCCAAAGCCCAGAUGGAACGAACGGGAUGCUGGAGCCGUGGCUUGAAAGUAAAGGUCUAGGAGAUGCAGACCAAGUGCUUGCUUAUUUUGCUGUGUCGAAGCUUGGAGAGCCUCCAAUUGAUGGAAAAACUGAUACCAAUCCUGAAGGAUUAACUGCAGCAUAUGGAAAAUGGGCAUCUGCUGUGGCUGCAAGGUUACAUGCUGGAGGACUCUCUUGCAAGGUCCUUGACAAGCUUGCUUUUCAGAAGCAAAUGUUAGAAAAGCUCAUUUGGAUUUCAGCAUUCAUGCUUGUUGGUGCUCGUCAUCAAGGGGCAACUGUUGGUACUGUGGAGAAGGAAUAUCGCUCUGAGGCGUCUAGUCUUAUUGCGGAGCUUGCAUCAGCAGCAGCCGCAGAAAAAGGUUUAGAGUUUGAAGAAUCCAUUGAGGAAAGAUUAUGUGCUUAUUCGAGAGCUGUUGCUCAUUUCCCAACAGCUGUUAAAGAGUUCAAGUGGAGGAACGGCUGGUUCUAUUCUCUAUCUCAGAAAGCACUUGCUCAAGGGAAACCUGAUCCUUGUCCUCUACAUACAGCUUGGCUUAAGGAGUUAAAAGUUAUCUAAGACAAACGUGGGGUGUGAACCUGAUAACAACAUGCUGCCUCUACCCAAGUAUUUCAUUGGCUAUGGGAAAUGUGGGAACUAUAUCCACAGGCACCUGAAAAACAAAGGAAAGGACAACAAUGAGGAAACCCUAAGCAUACAUAAUUAAGCUUUUGCAAACUGCUGUAUUGAAAUGUGGAAACAUGAAAUUAUAAUUUUUUUUCUUUGUAGUUUGCAGCAACGUCGUCGUCUUCUUCUUCUGAGUCUAUACAAAAAUUGUAUUCACUUUGCAACUAAUGCAAUAAAAAUAGAUAUUUAUUAGUAAGAGUUCAACCA